AUGGAAUCAAACUCUUCUUUGAAGCGCUCUUUAUCAUUUUUGCAAUCAGAAAACACACCUAUCAGAUUACUUCAGUUUUUUGAACCAAAAAUGAGAGAUAAAUGGGAGAAGAAGCAACUUGACCACUCCUCUCCACCGCAAACCACCGCCGGAAUUAUCCACGACGACGACGGUGUAAUGAAAUUCAUAAUGUUUGGAUGCGUUGCGAUCGGUGUUGUCGUGAAGCUGCUUCCGUACGAGUAUAGAGAAGGCAUUAAUCCAGUACCAACCGUCAUCUUCAAAGAGAUUCCAACGACGACGUUUCAUACGUUUAUAAUCUCCAUUAUGUUGGCCUUCACCGGAGCUUUUAGCUGCUUGUUGACUAAACGCAGACUUCAUUUUUCAAAUUAUGAAAAAUUUUGCAGGUGUUAUUCGCUUGUAUUUGCAGCUGUUGCCAUGGCGAUCCUUGUAAACGCAGGUAUAAGAUCAGCCUUUUGCCAAGGGAUUCAACUCGUGGAAGCGUAAAGCUAAGUACUUUUUUCAGUAAAUCCUUUUUUUCUUUUUCGGCAUUUAGAAUCCGUAUCUCGCAUUUGGUACUGAAUGGUUAAUUUCAUGUUAUGCUCAGGGUGCUCAAUGUAAAUACUCAAUUACUCAUCAAUAAAAUUUCUGCUUUUCUUCUUA